UUUGGUCAAAAUAUGGGAAGAUACUCGAGACUUUCUGAGCAGAGAGAAUCAGCGAGAAAAGCAAAGGAAAAAGAAAGCAGUAGGAGCAGUAGGAGCAGCAGCAGCUGCUGCGGUGGCAGAGUCUAGUCUAAGCGCGUACAUGUAUUUUCCCAAGACAACCUUUCUCUCAUACUAUAGUAUACAUACUAAUAUAAAUAGAAGGUGUUUCUGUGUUUUUUUCUCUGUUGCUAUUAUUUGAAGGUACACAUCUUUCCAACUUUGACUGAAGAUAGAGAGAAAGAGACGGCAGCCAAAGCCAAAGCCUCUGCAGCUUUCGGCGCUCUUGCUUUCUUUGCUUCCUUGCUCCUCUUUCUCUCUUCUUCCUUGCCUCCCUAACAUCUCUUCCUUUUUAUUUAUAUUAACACUUUCACACUCGAACUUAAACAAAGUUUCAAACGUUUUUUAUUACAGAUAAUAAAAUAACAUAUCCAUACUUAGCAAAAAAACAAAGCAAAAGCUUUUUUCUUUUUAACUCUCUCUCUCUCUCUCUCUCUGGUUGCUUGCCCUGCCCCAAUUGUCCACAUCUAAAGCUAACCCUUUUACUCCAUCAACCCCACCAGGCGUUUCUUCUUGUUAUUUGGCUGGCUUAAAUGCAUUAUUAGCAAAUAUUAUAAGACGCAAGGGCACAUAAGACACCUUGUGGAGCUUGAUACAUGCAUCUUCUAUGCUGUCUACUGUUCUAGAGAAUAUGGGCUUACUCUGCAGCAAGAACCGUCAUUACACUGAAGCAGAUGCUGAGGAGAACGCACAGGCAGCGGAAAUUGAAAGGAGAAUUGAACAAGAAACAAAGGCUGAAAAGCAUAUCCAGAAGCUUCUACUACUUGGUGCUGGUGAAUCUGGGAAGUCAACCAUUUUUAAGCAGAUAAAACUCCUGUUCCAAACUGGUUUUGACGAGGCAGAGCUAAAGAGCUAUAUCCCAGUCAUCCAGGCCAACAUCUAUCAGACUAUAAAAAUAUUGUAUGAUGGAUCAAAGGAAUUUGCUCAAAAUGAUGCAUGCUCUUCCAAAUAUGUUUUAUCCAGCGAAAAUAAGGUUAUUGGAGAGAAACUAUCAGAAAUUGGAAGCAGAUUGGAUUAUCCACGUCUAAAUAGAGAACUUGCACAUGAGAUAGAAACUGUGUGGAAAGAUUCUGCAAUUCAGGAAACCUAUGUUCGUGGUAAUGAACUUCAAGUUCCGGAUUGUGCGUCUUAUUUCAUGGAAAAUUUGCAAAGAUUGUCUGAUGCAAAUUAUAUUCCAACAAAGGAGGAUGUUCUAUAUGCAAGAGUUCGCACAACUGGUGUUGUAGAAAUCCAGUUCAGCCCUGUGGGCGAAAAUAAGAAAAGUGGUGAAGUAUAUAGACUCUUUGAUGUCGGAGGCCAGAGAAAUGAGAGAAGGAAAUGGAUCCAUCUUUUUGAAGGUGUUACAGCUGUUAUCUUUUGUGCUGCUAUUAGCGAGUAUGAUCAAACUCUCUUUGAGGAUGAACAAAAGAACCGUAUGAUGGAGACAAAAGAACUCUUUGAUUGGGUCUUAAAGCAACCAUGCUUUGAGAACACGUCCUUCAUGCUGUUUCUAAACAAAUUUGACAUAUUUGAAAAGAAGGUUCUAAAAGUUCCAUUAAAUGUGUGUGAGUGGUUCAAAGAUUACCAGCCAGUUUCAACUGGAAAACAAGAGAUUGAGCAUGCAUAUGAGUUUGUAAAGAUGAAAUUCGAGGAGUUGUAUUUUCAAAGCACAGCCCCUGAUCAAGUGGAUCGGGUAUUUAAGAUCUACAGAACCACUGCCCUUGACCAGAAGCUCGUGAAGAAAACUUUCAAACUCGUGGACGAGACUUUGAGACGGAGAAAUCUCUUCGAGGCUGGGUUGUUGUGA